CUCCUCUGGGAGCGGGGAGUGGUUCCUCGGUCCGCUGUGGUGGAUGGCAGUGGUGCGACCACCUGCGACGGGCUGGGCGCUGGCGUGGCUUGGGAGCGUUACUUCUGGGGUAAUCCUCACUUUUUUCUGUUCCAGAAUUCCAGAGGAGCUUCUUCUCUCUUGAAGGAUAGUAUUCCAAUUACUGAAUUUUCAGCUUCAGGCCCAUUUGAAGGUCAUGAUCUUCUGCGUAGAGGCUUUGCAAGUGUGAAAAAUGAAUUGCUGCCCAGCCACCCACUGGAGUUGUCAGAAAAAAAUUUCCAGUUAAAUCAAGAUAAAACAAACUUUGACACGCUGAGAAAUAUUCAAGGACUCCAUGCACCUUUAAAACUGCAGAUGGAAUUCAGAGCAGUGAAACAGGCCCAGCGUCACCCAUUUCUUCACAGUUCAAACAUAGCACUGGAUACUCUGAGGGGAAAUGAUGAAUGCAUCAGUUUUGAGGAUAUCCUUAAUGAUCCUUCACAGAGUGAGGUUAUGGGAGAACCGCACAUGAUGAUGGAACACAAGCUUGGUUUAUUGUAACAAAAUGUACUGCACAAAAAUGUUUUGUGUGUGUCUUUAUACUGCAGAUCUAAAUACACGAUACUAAAUUGGCACUCAGUGUUAAGCAGUCCUACAGUUAACAUUUGCCUUUCUUGAUGAAAAGGCACAUUAAAUGUUUAAAGUCUACGAACUGUUCUGUGCUUGUUGUCAAUUAUAUAAAUGUCCUGUAACUAGAUAGCUUAAAUAAUGUCUCUCCGUACACUGCUCAGGACAAUAGCUUCUUAACCAUGGAAAUACUAUAUAUGUAUACAAGAAAUCCAAAAAUACCUGUGCAUUUUAAAACUGAUUACUGUAGGUUAAUACAUUUAAUGGAUGUUCUUGCAGAAGAACUUUUUAAGGCGGAAAAGAAGGUCUUUUCCACUAAGCAACUCUUUGUUCAUGAAAACUUCCAUACACUUUUUAAACUAUUGAAUAAAAGUUUGCUAUAAA